CCUCGUGGAUAGCGGCCAAACGAAGCAAAGGGGGGGUUAGUCGUGGGGGUAGCUGAAUUGUGAUAAACCUACUAGUUUUUUGGGGUUUGCAAAGCCAGCCGACCGCUGUGUUCACUAGAAAACUUUGUUGGUAGUUUCGAGACGACGAGUGGAGGAAAUAACGCGUCAGAGCUGGAGCUUUGUUUGCCCUGGCGGGCAAAUAGUGCCAAGAGCUGCAUCUCCUACCUGAGAGACAACUUUGUACGGCGCGUAAAAUACCGUUAGGUUUGAUUGUAGCCGCACGGUUUGCUUAUCUGGGUUCAGAAGAGACCUGAGAGGAAGCCUGCAAAUGAAGGGAGGCAAAGGUGGUACCGAAACUUGAUUAUUCUAGCUGGCUCCAUCCGUGGUCUUGCUUCAGCCACAUUACAGCCGGAUCGCACCGCUAGCCGCUGCACUCCAUUGUGUGAGCAUCUCUGUUGCUGUUCCCAUCAUCACUUCCCGACCCCCGGAUCCCGCGCUGCUACCAAACACCUGCCGCCCCCCACCCUCCGCUUUUACAACCGCUUGUUUCCACUCAGAUUUUCUUUUUUUUAUUUACUCGACCCCAACACACUUCGCAUCCAAAAUGUGCUCUCGGGUUUGGUUCGUCACCGACCGGCGUAUCAGCCAGGAGUACCCCCAAGUUCAGAUCCUCCGGGCACUGAAACAGCGCUGCGCCGAGGAGGAUGUUGAAUUCCGCUCCCUUCUCAUGGACGAAAUAGUUCUCACCAUCAGCGACGGACAAUUAGGUCUGCGGGUGGAGCAGGAAGUGGUGACAUCUUAUCCGCAGGUGGCCGUGGUGCGGGUGCCCACCCCCUGGGUGCAGUCAGACAGUGACAUCACUGUCUUGCGCCACUUGGAGAAGAUGGGCUGUCGGCUGAUUAACCGGCCCCAGGCCAUCCUCAACUGCGUCAACAAGUUUUGGACCUUUCAGGAGCUGGCCGGACACGGGGUGCCUCUCCCUGACACCUUCUCCUAUGGAGGACAUGACAACUUUCGUAAGAUGAUUGAUGAAGCAGAGCCACUGGGCUACCCGGUGGUGGUGAAGAACGCACGAGGUCACAGAGGCAAGGCUGUGUUCUUGGCCCGCGAUAAGCACCACUUGUCAGAUCUGUGUCAUCUCAUCCGCCAUGACGCCCCCUACCUGUUCCAAGAGUACAUCAAGGAGUCGCACGGCCGUGACGUGCGCGUGGUCCUAGUGGGGGGCCGUGUCAUUGGGUCCAUGCUACGCUGCUCCACUGAUGGACGCAUGCAGAGCAACUGCUCUCUGGGUGGUGUAGGUAUGAUGUGCCCACUGAGCGAGCAGGGCAAGCAGCUCGCCACAGAGGUGUCCAACAUCCUUGGCAUGGAUGUGUGUGGCAUUGACCUGUUGCAGCUCAACGACGGCUCCUUUGUAGUGUGUGAGGCCAAUGCCAACGUGGGCUUCAUUGCCUUCGACCAGGCCUGCGGCAUGGAUGUGGCAGGCAUUGUGGCUGACUACGCCCUGUCCCUGCUGCCCAGCCGCCUCACCCGCAAGAUGUCCCUGCUCUCUGUUGUGUCCAGCACCAGUGAGACCAGCAGCGAGCCGGAGGUGUGCCCAGUGCCUGCUGGUGGUGGGUCGCUGCCAGAGGCUGUGUGCAACAUGAGCGUGGGCUCCACCUCCAGCGAGAGCGAUCCGGAGCUGGCGGAGCCCUCGCAGUCUCCCCCCCGCCAAGCCUCGGCCCCGGCCUUGCCCGAUCUCUCCGGGCUACCUGGCCUCCCUGACCUCCCCGAUCCUGCCUACAACUUCAACACCCUCCUCGCCAACGAGAUCAAGUUAUUGACUGAGUAAGCUGGAGACAGCUUCAUGCACACACUAACACAACAGAUACAUAUCUAACACAAACACACACACACAAACCUGCAUACAUGCACAUGUGCACAUGGCAAUGGACAUUCCUUUUACAAACACUCAUAAACACGAAAAAAAGACAGGAUUUUAAAUGCAAAAUGGGAGCUGAACAAACAGAGAACACAUACACAUACAACAAAACCACAACCACAGAAAACUGACAUACACACCCACACACAUACACAUGAGAUUUCUCAUGCUAACUCCCUCCGUAAAUACAAAGAUCUGAGGCUGCUCCCCUGACUCUCCUGUCUUUCCACCUCUACUCCUUAAAUGCAAACCGACCCCACCAUCCAGCAUUAGCUUACACUGCAGCAUGGUGGCGCGAGUGGGAUAGAAAAACACGAGCUACCUGCCAAACUGGCUGAUAUUAGUUUCCGUUUUGCAAAAUUGUGAGGGUGAGUUGAACAAGGUUUUGUUUUUGGGAUGGGUGUGGGAGUCCCAUAAAAGCAUACACCAGCCAGGUCUUCAUGCUCAAUAUACUACAAUGUUACGAAGGGGAAUGUAUGUUGUCAGUGAAAGGAAAAGGGGGUUUCCUACUGAGACUGUAGCCAGGUUGGUUGGAUUGGAGAUGAAAUGUUAUUUUCAAGUGGUUAGCUCCAUGGGAGGGAUACCCAGGGUUGGGCAACAUGUACUUUCAGUUCCAAUGUAGCAACGCAGUCCUUCCUUCAAGGACAUGGUACAGGAUGGGGGCCGUCCUGUGAAAAUUUAGGCAUAAGAUGGGAGCAUAUGAGGUCAGAUUUACUGCCAUUAAUAAUUCAUCAAUUGAGAUCGGAGUAGACUUCACUACCAAGUGUCCCGACAAAUUGUUUAUUGUACAGUAUGUGAGAUGUUGUUAAUCCAGCCUAAAACAGAAUCUAUGCACAACAUAUCUUAAAUUCAACAUAUCUUAUUCCUUGUACAGUUCAAUAUGUACAAUGCUGUCCCAUAGUUAAAAUCGAAAGAAUCCCAGUUUCUAAUCAGUGAUAUUAUCAAGAGAUCCUGUUUGAAGCUGCUAUAUUGAAAGUGAAUUAGAGGGUGAAUAUUUAUGUAAGUUUUAAUGCCUAAUUAAGAAUAUUUUUAACCCAGAUUUUAUACUCAUAUCACCAGAAAGGGCUCCUAGGAGCUGACAUGGUGUCCAUAAAUUCAUUCUUCUGUUCACUGUCAAUGAGAAGCACCAACACAUUACUGGAUCACAUCUAGAGACUUGGUACUCUUGCUUUCAACAUUGGGAUGGGAUUUUUAUGUGAACAAAACCAGGCUAAACUGCCAAGAAAUAGUUCUGUUUUAUGGUGGAUUUCCUCUAAAAGCAUAGAUGUUGAAUUUAUAGAAAUGUCACACCCUGGGAGACAAAAAUUAACUGAGCACCACUGCUUGAUUUUAAAUGUCAUGUUUUUUAUAGCGCGAUUAGCUAUACCAGCUUUUUUAAAAAAAUAAGAACAGUACUUCAACCGCAGCUCAGUUGUUUUGCUGCAUUUUUUUAAAAUUCAUUUAAUAUAUAGCACUUUAUGAUGAACAGAUGCAUUUUUUUCUCACUCAGAUGACAUUUAGGGGAAACGUGCGACAGAGUGUGAAAGCCGCGUCUACACCUGCAAGCAUAAUAUACCUCAAAACAGAUGACUUCUCACUGCCAUAGGAUGAAGUAGACAUUGAAACAUACAUAUCAGCCAGGAUCCUUGUGGUUUUAAAACAGCCCCUGAUAUACCAGGCUUUCCCUCCCUUUAUAUCUAGGAGCUAGAUAGGUUUUUUUUUUUUUUUUUUUUUUUUUUUUUUUAUUAUUUUGUAAAUAUUAAAGUAGUGGGCUAGCUUAAAUGCUUAUUAGUUUCCAGCUGAUGAAACUGGAAGGGCUGACAUAACUGCCAACGUUAACAUUUUGAUAAGCUAUUGUGUACAAAUUAGUUUGUACAGAACUGCACGCUUCUGGAUUUGGUUAGAUGUGAUUUUUCAGUCAUGCUAUUUGCAGAUGACAAUUUUACUAUUUCUUUUUUUCCAAUGAAAAUGAAAUAACCCACAAACUAUGUUGGCAUGAUGUACAAACAAAAAAAUGGAAAAGAAUAUAUUUUUGCAGUCUGUUUGAAUAGAAUGUUACUUUUACUUUCCUUAACAGGAAGAAUUUUUUUUCCAGGGAUUUCUGUAGCUAAGAGCUUAUUUCUUGAGCUUUUGGUUCCUCUUAAUUCACCUCCUGCACGCCUUCUGAAAUACCUAUCAACAUAUAGGUGCAAACUCUGGGUUAACUGCCAAUCACCAAAAAUCAUUACAGCUCUGAUCAAAAGCACAAAUGUAAACCUUAAGUUGUGCCACUUAGCAUAGUUGACGUCCGUGUUUUUAGGCUUGUAACCCACUCUGUCAACAUUAAAAUGUUUUUUGAAUAGUCGACUUGAACACAACUCAGGGAAGCAGCCUGGAUCUCACCCCCACACCCAAAGGCAUGACACAUCCAUCCGAGCUAGAGAUCUGUCAUCAACAUGACACGUACCAAGCCAGACAAUAGACACACAAACAACAAUGAAAAAAAGUUGUAAACUAUAAAAAGAUGCAGUGUAAACCAUGAAGGUUAACAUGCACUUUUUUCCCUUGCUUGUUUUAUAUUGUUCCUUGUUUCUCCUAAUUUAUGGUAUUUUU